AUGGAUUUCUCUCCCUGCUCGUCCACCAGCUCUUUCUCAUCCACCACCUCCUCCACCCUCUCCUCCUCCUCCUCAAACCAUGCAGCCUCCCUAGUACACCCCUCCCUCCACUCCCCGGCUAUCAUGGAUCUCAUCGAUGUUAAAAUCUCUCGCUCACUAAUAGAUUACAUGGUUGACUGCGUGGCAGAGACCGUCGACUACGCAAUGGGAAGACCCUCCCCGUCUUCGUCUCACCGCGGUCGCAAGUCUCGUCGCUCAGAGUACACAAAGUUCACCACUUUCGUAACAAAUGUAAUCACUCGGGCAGAGGUCGCAACUCCCGUAUACCUCGCAGCUCUCGUCUACAUCGACAGAGCUAGACCGCAUCUUCACAUCGCCCUGGAGGAAUGGGCUUUAGAACGAGUAUUUCUAGGGUCUUUGAUCGUAGCAUCAAAGUACCUCAAUGAUUCCACGCUCAAGAAUGUUCACUGGGCUCUGUGCACCGGUGUGUUCGGAAAGCGUGACGUCGGCCGUAUCGAGCGGGAAUUCCUCGACGUCCUAGACUUCGAGCUUGCUAUCACCGAGGAUGACAUCCUCGCACACUAUGAUGAUAUUGCAGCUAUCGCUAUUACCCCAUAUUCAAUUCGCUCCAUGCAAGUGGACUACUACACCUACCAGGAACCCACCCAAGUCGCGGUCGAGCCGACCAAGCCAGUCGCUACAGAAUACAUCGUACAGCCCACCAAGCGCCAUACUCGCAACAACCUGUCCGUGCACAUUCCCUUGCCAGGAGCCGUGCCAGAACUCUCUUACUCUUCCCCGGAAUCAGCCUCUUCAGACGAUUCUUCCUUCUCAUCGUCACCUGCCACACCUUCCACCCUCAACUCCGAUUCCGACGCUUCACCUGCCACUAGCCCCGAGCGUGAGACCUGCUCCAAGGAUGAUUCGUUCGCUAUCCCUGUUGACGAGAUUCAUCCUCACGCCGAGUACAUCGAGCUCUCUAGCCGGUCGGCUACCAUUCCCGUGCGUCCCCCCACGGCGGCUAAGAAAUCGGGCUUGGGCUUCACAAGCACUACGAUGGAGUUGUUGAGGGCAUUCCCUAUUCCGCUUCCACCCGUCGCCCAUCAUCAGCGGGAUAAGGGCAUUCACUCAAGGUUCCCAAUUCGCCUAACACACUAA